AUGUUUGAUAGGAUUGCAAAGAAGAUAUCUGAAAGGAUAGAGCAUACUAAUACUAAUAGUCAAGGUCCACACUUAUUUAAAAGUUGCGUUUAUUAUUCUAAUUGGUCUGUUUACAACAGAAAACACUUCCCGAAGGAUAUUCCUGCGAGUAAUGUGUCUCAUAUUUUCUAUGCAUUUAUUGGCAUGGACUCGGGAACUGGUCAAUUGAAGCUUUCUGAUGAAUGGGCAGAUGUACAGCUACCAAUGGAGUCUCCGCUUGACAAAAACAAAAAAUUAUGUGGUAGCUUGCUGCAAUUAUCUGAAAUUAAACAAAUGAAUAGACAUCUUAAGGUGCUUAUGUCUAUUGGAGGAUGGGGAACGAGUGCAUUGUUUACAGAGAUUAUGUCGAAACCAGCCAAAAUGGAAAAGUUUAUUAGCAGUUCAAUUGAAUUACUUUUAAAAUAUAAGUUUGAUGGAAUUGAUAUUGAUUGGGAAUAUCCAGCUAACAAUACAGAGGCACAGCUCUUAGUUGCAUUGCUAAAGAGGUUGAGAAUUGAGUUGGAUAGAAUACAUAAUCAAGAUGAUUUGUUAUUGACCGUGGCAUCACCUGCAGGCGAUGAUCAAUUGUCAAUUAUGAAGUUGCGUGAAAUGGAUAAAUAUUUAUCUUUCUGGAAUGUAAUGUGUUAUGAUUUUGCAGGCGGAUCGUGGUCUUCUAACACAGGAUACCAUUCCAACUUAUUUGGGAAAAAUGGAGAUAAUUCGUUGAAUUGCUCUGAUACUAUUCAGAAAUAUUUAAGCCAGGGGAUAAAUUCCCGUAAAUUGGUUAUGGGAAUGCCGUGCUACGGGAGAUGCUUUUAUAAUGCCUCUGGUCUAGGUAUUGGUCAGCUGUUUAAACAGGGAGAUGGAAAAGAGGAGACUGUUGAUUAUAAAGAGCUACCGAUUAGAGGUUCCCACGAAGAAUUUGAUAAUAGGAAGGUGAGUGCCUAUACCUAUGAUCCAAAAACCCAUGUUAUGAUUACAUACGAUAAUCAUCAAUCUGCUAGAAUCAAAGCCAAAUUCAUCGAACUGAACAAGCUAGGCGGUGGAAUGUGGUGGGAUUCGGCGGGCGAUAGCAAAAGGCCCGAAAGAUCUUUGAUCUUGAAUUUUGUUGAUCAAUUAGGAGGGACUGAAAUGUUGGAUAAGAGCAAAAACCAUAUAGCUUAA